AUGUAUCCCCCUUCUUCUGAAAAUUAUGUUUCAAAUGUUGAAUUAAACCACUUUUCCUUUGAUUGGUCCUUUCAAGGAACUGAACUUCCUCCAGGUGUAUCUCAGAGUGACUAUGCGCCACCCCUUCCUAAUGCGCCGCCUCCAUGUUUACCAAUUUCAACCUCUUACCAUCAUGGUCAACAGAACUUUUAUCAACAGCCUAAACAACAAAAAACUUUACGUGGAAAAUACAAUAAAAAUAAACGUGAGUUUGGAAAUUGCGUACCUUUUAUUUCUGAACGUUCAUCAUCCAUAACUCAUAAUCAUCAAUUCUCACGCCACCCUAUGUCUCAAUAUGGUUAUCAACCGACUCACCGAAUUACUGCAAGUCAAUAUGAUUUGCAACGUUCCUUUAAUGCAUCGUCUUCCCAAAAACCUGCUGCGCCGAGUACUAGCAAUAUUAAAAAUAAUCAGGAACGUAUCGUUAAAGUUGAUGAUACCAAAAAGCUAAUCGCCAAGAAACCGGUCAAUUCUGACAAGAAGCAACCGGUACUAGUUUUUCCUCGUAGCAAGAAACCAAAAACGGAAGAUACGAAAAAGUACAAUCAAGAUAAAGUGAUUUGUCAAGCAAAUGUCAAUGAAGAACCAUUAAAUCCCCGAACGGGUGUUAAUGCUGGUCUCCAGCUCUUUAAGAAAAAAACAAACGGGAAAAAACUUGAAUUUAGACUUGUAAGUAGCAUUGGUCUUUCAAAGCUCAACAUUGAUAAAUGCCGAACUCGUGAGUCACGCGUUCAAGACGACCAUCUUGAUAUGUCUGCUAAGAAAAUUAAAUUAGAUACAAAUAAAAGUGUAGAAGUUACACAAACAGUUCAAAGUACAAAGCCACAAGAGGAUAAGGAAGACAACGUUAAUUCUAAUUUAGUUGAAUCUCUGAAAUCCACAACCGACGAGACCCUAGAUGAUGCUGCUCAUAAAAAUGAUCCUAUUAUAGGUAAUGAGAAGGAAAAUGAAGAUGCUGGAGUAGCUUUUGAGCUUACGCAAACAAUUUUCAAGGGUAAUGAUCUCAAUACAAUGGAUAUUGAUGUGCAACUUUAUGAACGUACAGAAUCGACAAUAGUCGAUGAAAAAGCAACAGAAAAUAAUAGUUUCGACGCGCACAAAGAAAUCCUUGAGUUAGAAAAACCUUUUGACAACGAUAAUGCCAACCAUAAGGUUGAUAGUUUUAAUGAAAAGUUCGAACAAUUGAAGAAGUCACCUCAAGAUUCAAAAGAUUCAACUGACACGGAAGGACUUAGGUCUGUUGAUUCUAUUAAACAAUUAUCGUCUAAGCAAAAACGCGUAAAAAAAUUACUAAGUGUGACCAACAAAGAAGGAAAGGAAUGUAAACAACCAAAAUCGCAGUCUAGGCCUAGACAAAAUUAUGCUCGUAAACAGGAAAAGAUUUCGUGGGUGAAUGUAAAAGAUGCAAAAGUUACUAGUUGCGAAUCGUGUGGAGACAAGUCUAAAGAUUUAGAAACUGUAGGUGCUCUUGAAUUAUGCUCAACUUGCGUGCCACUGUUUGCUCCUCAGAUGGCUAGAGCAAAAGCAUUUCCACACGACUUUAAACUAAAUCAAAAAGUGGAAGUACUAAAUAUAGAUAAAGUUUGGUACCCUGCCAAGAUUGUCAUAGUCGAAAAAACUCAAGUAAAGGUUAACUUUGAUGGUUGGGGAAGAGAGUUUGAUGAAUGGAUUUCCGUAGAUAGCCGAAGGUUAAAAGUGCAGGUGACUGGCGAUAAUUCGGAUGAUUGCUUAUCUAGACCAAUUCAAAAGGAUAAUUAUGAUAUUCAAACAGCGUCAAUGGACUUGCAAAAGAAUCCUAAAUCUGAAAAUUCUGAAUCACUCAGUAGUUGUCCUGAUACUGAUUCCGAAUCAGACACUGGUUCUAGCAGUAACAGCCCUGAAUCUGAGCUGACAACUCUAAGUGAUGAAAGUGAUUCUGAAUACAAUACUGUUAGCAAUAGUAGUAGUGUCGGCUCUGCACGAUUAAGACGUAGGACUGGUUAUCGUAAAAAUGUAACCUUAAGUCAGCAUAGUGUUUCUGAGCCGAAAUCUACUCAACCAAAAGAGUCAUUAUGUGAGUCUUGCAAGAUUGUGCAUUUAAACGUACAAAGGGUUGGCAGUCUUGAUUUAUGCUCUUAUUGUCGAACGCUUUUUGACGAUGAUAAUACGAUUCGUUUUAGGCGUGCCGGACAAUACGGAUUUCAACCUCACAAACGCGUUAAAAUCUUAGGUCGUGAUAAUAAAUGGUAUCCAGCAACGCAGGUUGAUGUCACAAAUGGACGUAUUCGUGUACAUUUCGACGGUUGGAGUGAUAAAUUUGAUGAAUGGGUACCGGCUGGAAGCCAAAGAAUGAAAGAUAUGACAUUAGAUGAGAUAUUAGAGGCACAAAAAGCUUUGGAAGAAAGUACAGAAACAUUUGAUGAAAAUGAAUCAAUGUUAAUUCUACAUAACAAGGGCAGAAUACGCGUUAAGGGCCAAAAUAAAUCUCCUGCUAUUUCGAGUUCUUCAAAGAAAAGUUCUUCACAAUCAAAAAACGUUCAAUCUAAAAAGAGAGAUUAUCAAUAUGAUGGCGAUUCUGAUAUCCGAAGUCAACAAAGUGAGUCUAACGAUUCUUUAGCUUCAUUUGACUGGAAUGACUUUUAUAUUGGACGUAAUACGCGUCGAAGUAUGCGUAACGAUAAGCUUUUGAGCAAUUCAAACAUACUUGCUCAAUUGAAAGCGCGAUUCAAACCAGGAAAUCAGAUAGAGGUACGCAAUAGGUUAAGAGAAUGGGUACCGGCGACAAUAGUUGAAUCGAAGGGUUGUCGCGUCCUGAUUCAUUACGAUGAUGUCCCGGCAUUUUACGACGAAUGGGUAGAUAUUAGUAGUGAGCGAUUGCGCAUGAAACCCGUAAAGACUAAUGAAACGUGUGUAAUUGGACAAGAUAAUAAAGACAAGCAAACCCUGUUAAAGAACAAAAAAGAUGACCGUAAAAAGAAGAGUAAAUUAGAGGCUGUUGAUGACUCUUUGGAAUUUAUAGAUCUUAACACUCUACCUUCGGAUAUGACAGGUAAUUAUUUAAUCAAAUCUCUGUGCUACGCUCAUCAAUUCCCAAGCUAUCAUGAGCAUCCACGAUGUUCUUUUGCAUGUCAGUCAGUGAUUGAUGAUGAAGCGAUUAAAAUGUCUUCAAAGGGUGAAGUCAUCAAGACAUUUGAUAAAGACAUUUUUGACACAACUUACAAAGAUCCAGGCAUUGAUCUGAAGAGCGAGAAUGUGCAACUAGAUAGUGGCAUGGGAUAUCUUUAUUUGCAAGCGUGGAACUCACGUAAAAUCUGCGGUUUUUGUAAUGAUGACGAUGAUCAGCAGCUUGGUGGAUUCAUAGGGCCUCAACCUUUUGUUACCAAUACUUAUACACGUCACGGUGAGAAACAAAAGAUUUUCUGGGCUCAUGAGGCUUGUGCAAAGUAUUCCCCGGAAGUUUUUGUUUCCAAGUCAAAUGAUUGGUACAAUUAUGGUGUGUUGACUGGUAAUUUAAAUACUUAUGGUUUUAAUGAAAUCGAUUAUAUUAAUUUGAAUGUUUUCGAUGCCUCCAGAAAUGUGGAAAAUGUAAAGAAAGAGUGUUUUGCUGAGAAAUUCCCAGAGACACAUGAACAUAGUAAAGAAGAUUUUGAAGAAACAUGUAAGUAUACUAAAAGAAUUUGUUUAGCAUUGACACAAUUGACUGUCAAGCAGAUAAAAGACCAACAAAUUACAAAGCAAACGGAAAUGGCUCUUGCUAAUCAGAAAGCUCGUGAAUCAGGUAAAGUACGACAAAAUUGUUUUGAAUUAGUAUUGGUCAACAAUACUACUGGAGAAUCUCAUUUAGAAACAAACAAGUUGAUGGUUACCAGUGAAGAUUAUUCAUAUCGCCCAUAUCUGACUAGAAACUCAUGUUCAGACAAGAAAUUUGACUAUUCAGAAUCGCAAACAAUAUAUUUGGAUACAUAUGAACCUGCAGAAAAUCAACUGUUUUCAUUACCUUUUGACAUGCCUUGCUUCGUUUCACCAAAAAGAAUGAUCGAGUCAUGUCAAAUUUCCUUGGAAGAGGUGAUAGCCUUAUCGCAGCGUAAUUGCUCAUUUGCUAUUCCACCAGAUAGAGGUAUCACGGCCGAGCAUCGACCUAUUAUUCUUCAAGCGGAUUCCAGGCAUUUGACAGGAACAAUUUUUGAAAAUGAAUCUUUUGAUCAUGUUUUAAAUAGUGAAUCAGACGAUGAUAUUCCAGAAUACGAACGAAUUAGACAGAAGCAAAUUCAAGAAAAUCAGAAAAUGCUACUUUCAUUGGGACUUAAAUGUGAUCUUGGAGAAGAAUCAGAUGACAUAUCUCAUCUUGAGAAGAUACUCAACAGCAAGCCACUACCUCCGCCAACGCCAACAGCUUUGAUCGUCAUACCACAUAUUCCUAACACUGCUCUUAAUUCACAAACGAUUCCUUACUAUCGUGCAAUAGUCAAACGUUUGGCUCGUGAGGCAUAUGAUCGGUUGCCUCCUUCCGGAUUUCUUGUGAUAGGAGGGCAAGAUGUUCGAACAUCAGACAACAAAUUAUGGCCUCUUAGUAUGCUUUUUAUGGAAGAUGUGAAUAAAGCUGUUGGCGAAGAUAAAAUGCCACUUAAGGAGCUUGUGAUCACUGUACCAGAUGGUUAUGCAAAAGAUAAGAAGAAAAUUUGUUCAUAUGAAGAUUAUACAGAGGAACGAUGUAUCGUAAAUGAAGAAGAAAAUGCAGUGCAAUUGCCCAUAGUUCAUGUAAGUUUUUAA